AUCUAUGCCUCUGACCGCCACUCAGCGAGCGGCGCGACUGCCGUGGGCAGACGUGGUUGCGCUUAUCUGGUUUGCACUCGACGCAGUGACGCAUCUGGUCCUUGAGGCCUCGUACCUGUACUACGCGCUGCUAGUGCCUGGCGGGGCGGCGAGCUCUGACUCUUGGGCCGCCUCCAUCUGGGUAGAGUACGGCAAGGCAGACACCCGAUGGGCUGGCAACGACCCAGGAGUGGCUGCUCUUGAGCUACUCACAGUCUUUAUCGCCGGUCCGCUCGCGGCCUGGCUCUGCUGGGCCAUCUGGACCCGACGCGCUGAUCGCCACGUCUGGCAGGUUGUCAUCUCGGUCAUGGAGCUGUACGGCGGCGGCAUGACGUUCAUCCCCGAAUGGAUCGCAGGCUCGCCCUCGCUCCGGACCCAUCAUCCGGUCCUCACCUGGGUCUAUCUCGCCUUUAUGAACGGUGUCUGGGUCUACGUCCCGCUCGUUCUCCUCGCCGAGUCGAUCCCCAUCCUCAUCGCCGCCUGCGACGCCACCUCGGUCCCGGUCGCCCCGGCCUAUCUCUCCUCGGCAUGGCACACCUCGGUCGCCGUCAUCCUCGCCAUCUACGCCGUCGCCGUCCCGCUCAUCCUCGCCACCAUGUCGCCCGAGCACCCUAUGGUGUAG